GUUAUUGUAUUAAGUCACAUGAGACAGAGUAAUAUUAAUACAGUGACAAUGCCAGCACAGGUGGUACAUGAACAUGCCCUAACAGAGAGUAGCCAAUAGACAGCUAGACAUUUUAACAAUAGAAAACAGCUAGAGUAUAGAGCUACUGUGCAAAGAAAGAGUGGUUUACAAGUCAACUAAUCAUGAAUACAGCAUACAGCCUUAGCAACAGUAGCAGAAACAACUGCUCAGUAUUCGACAGUGAGCGCUAUGUUGUUGUGGCACUGGUUAGUGCAAGCUCGGCAAGUCUAUCUUUCCUAGCAUGUACAGCCGUCAUAUUCCUUAUUGUCUCACUAAGAAAGUACAUUUUCUUUGUGCAGAGGCUAAUUCUAUACUUGUGCAUUUGUGCCCUGCUAAAUUCGUUUGCAAUAGCUCUGAGAUUCCAACAAGUCAAAGACCUACCAUCAUAUACCUACCAGAACUCUGAGUCACUACACGUUCUCUGUGUUAUAACAGCAUUCAUUGAUCAGACCACAGCUUGGGCUGAAACCAUAGCGAUAUGCUGCAUCACAUUCAACCUCCUAAUGACUGCUGUGUUUAAUAAAGAUACUGAAAGAUUUGAAAUUGUGUACGUUGCUCUGAUAGUUAUUUUACCACUCACUUUCAAUUGGAUCCCAUUCCUACACAACGCAUAUGGCGAGGCUGGAGCUUGGUGCUGGAUUAAAAAUAUUGACGACAAUUGCAAACCAUUUUCAUUCGGAAGCUACGCAGUUCUUUUUCUAUGGUACAUACCAAGCACAACGAUAUUGGUAAUAGUGAUUCUAGUCUACGCAUUCAUUGUGAUCUGGGUCACCAGAAAGAAGCAGAUAUGGACAGGGAAACUUGAUCUUGAAACGGAACGAAAGAGGACAACUAUGCAGAGAGAAGUGCUCCCACUUAUGCUAUACCCACUAGGCUUCCUCAUACUCAACCUGUUCCCGUUUAUAAACCGUAUCCACGACACUAUAGUAAUCAACGAACCAAGCUACCCACUGUGGAUGCUCCAUGCUAUAGUGUCUCCACUGCAAGGCGGCUACAUAGCUGUCAUAUACACGCUGGACAAAGACACUAGAAAACGUUUAAACUGUCGGAGAUUUAAAGCAGCCCUCUUCCACAAAGAGCCGACAAUUUCGGAGUAUCCGACCGAGCGUGGAACCAUUAGCGACAGCUUGCCGCCAUCGAAAGGCAAUGUUCGUAUUGUGACAGUGGCAAAAGAAUCUUCUAGCCUAUACGGGAGUACGGAUACUAACCACCAGAUUAACUCAACAGAAAAACUGCGUAUCUAAUUGACAUUUACAUUUUAUGAGUUUGCUAUAAAAGCUGGCUAUAAGCCACGUAGUAAUAAUAUGUUUGUAUGAGAAUUUUUCCCAAUAGAGCUAUUGUUUGUUGACAAAACAAA